GCUCUGCUCUCCCUCCCUACUGUGAAUCUGACAAGCCUGCCUUCCCUGCCUGCCGUCUCUCAACUCCACUGUUGCUCUGCUCACCAGCCUGUUAAAGUCUGCCAGGGACACACACACCUCUCUCCGCUCCGGUCCGGUCUGGCGGUCCACUGUUAACCUCCUUCAGCUGCUACUUGUCUUUUUUAUUGGUUUUGGAAGUGUUGGAUAUUUCCUGGUUUUUGUGAAUGGGCGGCUGAUGCGAGGUGGCUGUGACUGUGAAUGGACUGACUGACUGUCAGCUCUGGGUACACUAUUCUGAAGAGGCAAUGUGACAGGUCUCUGGACACCACUGGUAGACUCUGAAUUAUAAACAAACGGAAAGAAAGGAAUUAAGAAGAUCAGAGAGAGGAGAAGGAGAGUCGAGGAUGGGCCACAGUGAAGAUGACCUGAUCGGGAUUCCGUUCCCCAACCACAGCAGUGAUGUCCUGUGCUGCCUUAACGAACAGCGACGCGCCGGGUUGCUCUGUGACGUGGUGCUCAUCGUACGCGACCAGGAGUAUCAGACCCACCGAUCUGUCCUCGCCGCCUGCAGCCAGUACUUCAAGAAGCUCUUCACCGUGGCCUCGGGCGGAACGGACAAGCACGGGGUGUAUGAGAUAGAUUUCGUGGCCCCCGAGUCACUGACGGCCAUCUUGGAGUUCGCCUACACAUCUACGCUAACGGUGACGGCGUCCAACGUGAAAGAAAUUCUUGGAGCGGCUCAAAUGCUGGAGAUCCCCUGCAUCGUCACUGUCUGUCUGGAGAUUAUGGACUCUGACAAGGGAGCAGGAGGAGAGGGAGAUGAGGAGGAAGACGAAGAGGAGGAGGUAGAGGAACAGGAGGAGGAGGAGGAGGAGGAGGAGGAGGAAGAGUCGAGGAAGGACGAGCAGGAGGUUCAUGAGGAGGACAACGCCAGUGAGUGGUCAACGAGGUCGUCAGAGAGUCAGGACCAGGCCGAGUCGGAGAGAGGAGCACCACCCAGUACCUCUCAGUACCAGCACCAGUACGAGCUGCAGAGGAACAGGAAGUGCACAGACAAAGACUCUCAGUGUGAGAAACCCAGCCCGGAGCAUGAGCGCAUGGAGAGCCGAGCCCUCAAGGACUUUUCCAUUGAGUCUCUGCUACAGGAAGGGCUGUACCCUAAACUGCCAUCAGUCCUGGACAGGAGGGACAACUUUUCCCCUCUGCUCCCUGGCUUCUACCCUCCCAUGUGGGCUGCAGAGUUCCCAGGAUUCCCCCGACAGGUCCUGGACUCCAACCACAACCCCAGCCACCACGCCCAGACCCCGACCCUCCACCGUUCCUCCCACCCUUCUCAACUGGACAACCGACCCUUAGACCUGGCCGUGAAGAGAGAGGUCGUCAAGGAGGAGCUGAAGGAGGAAAUCCCUCCCAGCAUGCUCCACAGUGACUUCCUGAAAGACUUAAUGACCUCUGGCCUGGGGGUGGUACGGUCUGAGGGACCUCACCUCCACCCAAGUCAGAUAAAGCAGGAGGAAGACUUCCGCUCAUACCUGAGCUUCCUGAGUGCAUCGAGCCACCUGGGGGCGCUGUUCCCUCCCUGGCAGAUGGAAGAGGAGAGGAAGAUGAAGCCCAAAGCCUCCCAGCAGUGUCCCAUCUGUAACAAGGUGAUCCAGGGGGCGGGGAAACUACCCAGACACAUGAGGACUCACACAGGAGAGAAACCAUACAUGUGCACCAUCUGUGAGGUGCGAUUCACCAGGCAAGACAAGCUGAAGAUCCACAUGCGGAAGCACACAGGAGAGCGGCCCUACGUCUGCCUCCACUGCAACUCCAAGUUUGUCCACAACUACGACCUGAAGAACCACUUGCGUAUCCACACAGGGGUGCGGCCCUACCAGUGUGAGUACUGCUACAAAAGCUUCACACGCUCAGACCACCUGCACCGACACAUCAAGAGGCAGAGCUGCCGCGUCUCACGCCCUCGACGAGGCCGUAAGCCCGCCGCCUGGCGCUCAGCCAACAACUUCCUGCAGGGUCCUCCUGGCUCGGCCAAUCACCACGAGGAUGGCAAGGGCGGCUGCCGGCUCCUGCCCUCCUCCCACAGAGGCGUUAGAGGUCACGGUCUGGGCCUAGGGGAGAGAGAGAGACAGGCCCUGGGUGGUAAGGACCUGGGCUAUAAGGACUUGGACAGUGACAGCAGAGAGAGCAGGGAGGGCAGGGAGGCCAGAGAGGGCCGGGAGGCCAGAGAGGGCCGGGAGGCCAGAGAGGGCCGGGAGGCCAGAGAGGGCCGGGAGGCCAGAGAGAGCCUGGAGGCCAGAGAGGGCCGGGGGGCCAGGGAGGCUCGGCAUCACCAGUCAGACAGGAAGCAUGUGGUUGACAAGGUGGAGCUGGAGAGACAGAGGGGCGUGUUCACCUUUGCCCUGGCGGGGCCUGGUGGGGAAGUCCUUACCCACCCUCCAUUUUACACCCCGACCCCUGACCCCUGGACCAUUAGACUGGAGAACCACCCCUCUCCCAUCCCUGAGCCGACCAACUGACACAGAUUAAAGAUGAUAGAACAGAGACAGUGCCAGACUACUGACACCUGGACAGAGAGAGAGCCGGCCAACUGACACCUGAACAGAGAGAGAGCCAGCCAACUGACACCUGAACAGAGAGAGAGCCGGCCAACUGACACCUGAACAGAGAGAGAGCCGGCCAACUGACACCUGAACAGAGAGAGAGCCAGCCAACUGACACCUGAACAGAGAGAGAGCCGGCCAACUGACACCUGAACAGAGAGAGAGCCGGCCAACUGACACCUGAACAGAGAGAGAGCCGUCCAACUGACACCUGAACAGAGAGAGAGCCGGCCAACUGACACCUGAACAGAGAGAGAGCCGGCCAACUGACACCUGAACAGAGAGAGAGCCGGCCAACUGACACCUGAACAGAGAGAGAGCCGGCCAACUGACACCUGAACAGAGAGAGAGCCGGCCAACUGACACCUGAACAGAGAGAGAGCCGGCCAACUGACACCUGAACAGAGAGAGAGCCGGCCAACUGACACCUGAACAGAGAGAGAGCCGGCCAACUGACACCUGAACAGAGAGAGAGCCGUCCAACUGACACCUGAACAGAGAGAGAGCCGGCCAACUGACACCUGAACAGAGAGAGAGCCGGCCAACUGACACUUCCAACAGAUAACUGAUGCUUCAUCCCAGACUUCUAAGAACCAUACAGAACAGAAAGUAAUCUGCCUGAUAGAUGUUCUACCUGCUGUUUAGAGAUACAAGGAUAUUAGGCUGAGGAGAUGAGAGAUUGAGGGUAGUGAUGUCUGGGAAUAUAAAUGUAUAGAAAACAGGGGAAUUACUGGAAAACAGUUGAUUUUAGACAUCUCAGAUCAAAAUCACAAGGAUUUUUAUAAAAACAUUUAAUUUGUAGAAAUAAAACUGGAUGAAUAGAUUUUGUAUGUUGCAAAAGUACACACACACACAAAAUAAUACUCUCAGGACAUUAUAUAAUUCUUUAUCUUUGGAUUGUAAUUGUUUAUCUUUGGAUUCACUACAAUCAAUGUAAAUGUCUAAUUCAUAGCAUAAUUCAUAGUAUACUUAAUAUUAGCAAUAGGUUUUUUCUCAAAUUCACAGUCUACAAAAAAAUAAACCGAUAUCAGCCAUCAAAAGUUAUUUAUAAAAGAGAUUCCAAAUCCCUCCAAAGUUGUGGACCAAUAUCAGUUCUAAUGUGCAAUGUCUAAUGUGUAAACCACCGAAGAACAUUCAAAACCAGGACAAAAUUAUUCACUUGACUUAAAAAAAUAAAAAUAAUCUAGAUCUAAAACUUAUUUUCACCCUCGUAUUGCCUUGUUCUCAGGUUUUGUAAAUAUAUACAAAAUGUUUAAAAGAUUUUGACCCAUAGUAAUAUUGAUUAUUGUUGUAUUAUACUUGUUGUUUUUCUCAUCGAUAACCCAUCCAAAGAUGUGCCGUUUGAUAUUGCACACAUUUUUCAUAAGCCUUGUGUUACAUAUGGUAUCUGUGUUUCUUCUAAAGACCAAGACGUGUACAAUUUGUGAGACUGAUAUACACUGAAUUAUUGCUUUAGCUACGCCCUGCUCCCGAUUGGAGCAUUAACACCUACCCUAUGUUCAUAUAGUGCUCUUAACUGAUCUAUGUAUAAAUAUUGCUAUUCAGAAUUGUUUGAAUUGAAAUGAAAUGGGAAACUAUUUUCUUGCUAUUUAUGCAUAUUUAAAUGAGCCUUGGCUAUAUUUAGCAAAUAUGUUGUUUUAUAAAGACACUAAAUGUUGUA